AUGGCUUAUCAGCAGCUGGACGCUCGUAAUAGUAGUAGUGUCAUUGAUGACUAUCGAAAAUCAAUCAUGAAUCCGCCCAAACCAUCCAAAGAUAAAGAAUCACCAGGAACCAGUUCUUCCAGUCAAGUUACAUUUGCUGGUAUCAAAUCUGCAAGUAAAAAAGAAGGGCGUAGCGGUCGUAUCCGAGCCGAAGUUGACAUAAAUCGAGAAAUACAAAAUUGUCGUGAUGAACAAAGUGAACGAUUUGAUUUAAGUAAAAGUAGUGUUACUAUUCUACCAAAUACAAUUAAAGAUUUAACACAUGUUCGAGAAUUAUAUUUAUAUAGUAAUCGUAUUCAACAAUUACCACCUGAAAUUGGUAAUUUAGUUAAUUUAAAAGUAUUAGCUUUAAGUGAAAAUUCAUUAACAACUUUACCUGAUACAAUGGAUCGUCUUGUUCAAUUAAAAGUACUUGAUUUACGACAUAAUAGAUUUAAUGAUAUACCUGAAGUUAUCUAUCGAAUAACUAGUUUAACAACACUUUAUUUACGUUUUAAUCGUAUUAAAGAAGUAUCAGAUACAAUUCGAAAUUUAGUUAAUUUACAAAUGUUAAGUUUACGUGAAAAUCGUAUUCGUUCAUUACCUAUUACAGUUGGUCAUCUUAUACAGUUGCUAACACUUGAUGUUGCACAUAAUCAUCUUGAACAUUUACCAAAUGAAAUAGGAAAUUGUGCUCAGCUAACAACAUUAGAUUUAACUCAUAAUGAACUUGUUGAUCUCCCAGAAUUAAUAGGAAAUCUUAAAAAUCUUAGUCGACUGUUGAUCAGAUACAAUCGCCUCUCGACCAUUCCAUCAUCAUUAGCUAAUUGUUCUAAACUUGAUGAAUUUAAUAUUGAAGGAAAUAAUGUUUCACAAUUACCGGAAGGACUUCUAUCAAGUUUAGUUCAUUUAAAUACAAUAUCAUUAGCACGAAAUAAUUUUAAUUCAUUUCCAUUGGGUGGUCCAACACAAUUUACAUCUGUACAUUCAAUUAAUAUGGAAUGUAAUACGAUUGAUAAAAUUCCAUUUUCAAUUUUUUCACUUGCUAAAUAUUUAUCAAAAUUAAAUAUGCGAGAAAAUGCAUUAACAUCGUUACCAUUAGAUAUUGGUUCUUGGACAGCAUUAGUAGAACUUAAUCUAGCAACUAAUCAAUUAACUAUUAUACCAGAAGAUAUAAAAAGUUUACAAAAUUUAGAAGUACUUAUUAUGUCGAAUAAUCAAUUGAAAAGAAUUCCUCCAUCAUUGGGCCAAUUACGAAAAUUACGGCAUUUAGAUCUUGAAGAAAAUAAACUUGAUUCACUACCUCAGGAAAUAGGCUAUUUACGUGAAUUAACAAGGUUGAUUGUUGCAUCAAAUCAAUUGACCCAAUUACCACGUUCCAUUGGAUCUCUAUCAAAUUUAACUCAUUUAAAUGUUGGUGAAAAUAAUUUAAGUUCAUUACCUGAGGAUAUAGGUCAAUUAGAAAAACUUGAACAACUUUAUAUAAAUGAUAAUCCAAAUUUGGAUGUACUUCCGUAUGAAUUAGCAUUAUGUACUAAUUUACAAAUAAUGAGCAUCGAAAAUUGUCCACUUAGAAGUUUACCACAAGAAAUAGUAGCUGGUGGACCUUCUCUCGUGAUACAAUUUCUCAAAGUACAAGGACCGUUUAAUUUAAAUUAA